AUGGAAAUUCCAAAAAAAGAUGCUAAAGAAAAAGCUUUAAGGAACAAUAAUUUAGAUCUAACCUGGGAGUUAAAUAUUACUCAGUUUUGUCAAGUACAUUAUAUGAGCCAUAUCAUGAAUGAGUACAAAAAAAAUGAUGGUGAUAUAGAGGAUGUAGACAUGAUCAUUGAUGAUAUAGAAGAUGUAGAUGUGAUUGAACGUUGCACACCCCAAACACCAACGCCCCGAAAUGAACAAAUCAAUGGCCAAAAUGACCAAACACCAAACGCACACUCAACUCAACAAACAAACGCGUCAUCAUAG